ACACGGAGGAAGUUCAGUGAAAGUCCACGGAACCUGCAAGCCCUUGGGAAUGGCACUUUUGAGUCGCACCCAAGUGACCUUUCUGAACUUCCCUGGUGAUAGAGGACGUCUGCGUGAGUUUUGCAGACGAAAAGCACACGACUUGAGAUAGAGGUUUAAUGAUAAGAAAAUUAAAUCCUGGGUCACGGAGGUGGGGAUGGCGAUUCAAGGUUGACCUCUGAGAGCGAUUGGAUCUCGUUUGAAGUACCCAUGGAAUUGUGAAUGUGAUGGGAAUCUUCAUUGCAAAGAGCAUGAUGUAGUAGUCAUUCGGGAACAUAUAUGAAUCUAGAUCGGUUGAGAUUACCGUUAGCGGAAGGCUUGCUACUACGCUGGGUGUGCGCCGCCGUGGUUGGAUUGUCAGAUUCCGCUUCACAUACCUCUAGGGGAUUGGUCAUCCCGAUUGGAUUUAGACAUGGAAACAAUUAGAUCUAGAUAUGGCGGUCGCCUUCAAGGGGCUAGGAAGCUGCUUGCGGAAACACCAGCGCCAAGUCCCAUUGAAAGUGGCGAGGCCGUUUGCCGAGACUCAUCGACGGGAGCGGUGGUGAGCUGCCAGAACUCUCGUGCUUUCAUCAUCAUCGGGACGGGAAUGACUUGCAUAAUGUUCCUAGUCACUGUGGCGUUGAUACUCCUCUUCUGGUCCAUUGUCAAACAACGGAGAUUCGAGCGGCGGCCAGGAAUUGUGCCGACGUUUCAGGUUCCCAUUCCGCAGUCUGUGUCUGAAACUAGCCAGUCUGUUACUAUGAACCCUUCGGAAUGUGAUGACUGUGUCUUCGUUCUAUAUCCGGGAGAUGUGAGACCGUUGUUCUUCGCAAUCCGGAGGCCUAUCUUGCCGGAUGGUGGCAUGGACGAUGACAUGGACGAUGACAAGUCAAUCGCGUACAAUGAAGAUGGUAUGAGGGUGGUAUGGACGAUGACAAGUAUAUCUCGUGGGGGAGAACAGAUAAUGUCAAGUAACUGCACCGGUGCAGGUUUAGUCAGGGACCCGAUCAAUCGGCAUUAAGUGGGAUUCUGGUACAUCUGGAUGCCAUGCUCACUGAUUGGAUGUGUCGGGUUUCAGUGCUCAUUACAAAUUUUUGUUGAGAAGUUAUCCUUCCCGACACAUGUGAAGAUUUAGGUCAAGCAUUCAGUGGGACUUAUCAGUAGAUCUAAAGUUUCGUUUUGCAGUGCAAUCAAUUUUGAGAAUGAUGUUGAAGAGUUAUACUAGGUUGAGAAAUUCUGUACAGUGGUAACUGGAGAUUGUAAUUUAUAAAAGAGACAGUAGGAUAUGAUUUUGGAUUAGAACCAGUCAGACGCUCAAAUCUAGUGAUCUUGUUCUUCGUUGAAGGAUCCACAUUCAUUAAGCAGUUGGGAACAAUGCUCAGA